AUGUAUGAAAACUCUGCGCUAACUGAUGAAAAGCUGGACGAACUGUUCGUCAAUGAGGUGCGCAGUAUGGCGAAUAUUGUGGAAAAGCUGCCCGACAAUGAGCAAAUAAGAUCAACAUUCACGCAUUGGCUUAAUAUCUUUCAUGGCGCCACGGCCGAUGAGAAGUUUGAACGGAAUUGCAUUUUGGUGCAGUUGCACAAGCAGCUCAAUGAUCAGAGCAAACUGAGCUAUCCAUUUACAGAUCCGCGAAGCUCCCAGCGGGACUUGAGGACGCUGUAUCAGAUCAGCAUGAUGCAGCGAACGGGGGCGGGCAUUGAUGAGGCUACCGGCGACAGUUGGAAGAGCACGGAUGCCAUGUAUGGCAGUGUACCGCAUAAAAGCAGGCAGUAUUCCUCGCAGGCGGACAAUAAUCCGCUCGCAAGCCUGCAGUUGGCCAACAAGCAGCUAAUUGAGGAGAAUGCCAGUUUGGUCAGACAGCUGCUGGCGCUGCAAUCACAAAGGGAGAGUCUUCUACUGCGUCGCCGGAACAUUGUGGAAAACGAUAUCGUUGAGGUAUCCAAUGAUCAUAGCCAUAUGUACGGCGAAAAGAUGAAAUAUCUGAAGGAGAUAUUUGCGUGCAAUGUGAUAACGACACUUAAACUCUUUCUGCAUCACAAGCAACCCAAUUAUUUUGUUACGCUAUUUGCCAUAUUCUGUGAAGAUCAACAGGACAAGUUGCUUUUUGAGCAGUUGGACAAACAGUUGGGGCAUUUACUGCACCGUCGCAUCAACCACCACAAGCGGCUUGCAAUGCAUGCUCAAAUUGAGAGAGCCUACGAUGAGAUGCGCAGCAGAGUCAAAGCCGAAUGCAAACAGUUGCUCAACAUGCAAGUGGACAAUGAGAUGCGGAAAUUAUGCUUGACGGGCAUGCGAUGUUUGUUGCAGCUGCGCAAACUCCUCCUGGACACCUACAAGGGCAGCAGGCGGCUGCGACGGGAGCUGCUUAAAUUUCUGGAUAAGGCACACGAUGAACUCGCCAACAAGCUGUGAAAUGUUGCAAUUGUUUUGUUCCUGAUUUACCUUGGUAUUAGACGUUCACAUUGCACCAUUUGUUCAAAAUUCAGAAUUUGAUCUGUAACA